AUGGAACCGCUAGAGAAGUCGACCCUGCUGAGCGAGCGGAGAUAUAACGGCUCGUUGACAAAGACGCUGAAGACUCUUCUGGUUUUCACGGCUUUAAUGAUCACUUUGCCCCUUGGAUUAUAUUUCUCUUCCAAGUCCUAUGUAUUUGAGGGUACUUUGGGAAUGUCUAAACCAGACAGCUAUUUCUAUGCUGCUAUUGUUGCUGUCGGGGCUGUUCACCUGGUACUUGCUCUCUUCGUCUAUGUUGCCUGGAAUGAAGGCUCGAGACAGUGGCGGGAAGGCAAACAAGACUGA